AUACGCAAAAUAGCGAAUUACUGUGAACGCAAAGUAUUGGCAAGUGCAAAAAAAAAUAUAUAUGCAAAUUCUUAGGGAAAUGACGCGUAAAUUAAAUUUCCCAAAACACGGUCUCUAAAGUCCCAUACACACAUACACGCACACGCACAUACACUAUGGAGAGCCUGCAACCGGGUGAUGCAUGUGUGGAAUGCUCCAGCAGAGGCUUAAAUCACAAGUUGCGUUAUUUUUACAUAAAUCUUAAUGAGCAGUUGCUCAAGUGCGAAUCGCGUCGCUGCCUUUGGCCGCACACCGAUGCCGUUUCUUCCUCUUCCUCCUCCGACGAUGAGGAGGAGACCAUCCGGUCGCCGAAUGACGCGCUAAAUUUGGAUGACGAUGAAUUUAUUAAGCAGCUGCUGGAAGAGCUGACCCCAGGUGCAGAGAUAGCUGGAACUUCGAUGGAAAGUGAGGCAAUUAAUUCCAANUGUGAUUCCAGCUUAACACCAAAUGUCCCAUCGAGCAGCAAUGUUAUUGAGGAUCUUCUGAAAGAAUCUCAUCCACCUGCAACAACAACAACUGACACAGUAUUAUCUAUGCCGAAUUUAUUUGGUGAAUUGGAGCAGCCACCAGAGCAAACUGCAUUUAAUCUCGAACCUGUGAAUGCUUCUCCCUAUCAAUUGAGUGCCAAGGCUGGUGACAUUACCUACACAAUUUCCUUUCCGCAGGAGUUGGCCACGCUCCCACUCGAAAAGGAGUUGCCCACACUUGAAACUCCAGUCGAAAAGGAGUUGCCCGUACCCAAGAUCCCAUCUAAAAAGGAGUUGCCGACGCCCAUGAAACCACUCCAAAAGGAGUUGCCCAAGGCGAGUAUCUUUCAGACACCGCCGAGAAAGGCAUCCACACUGCCGUCUGCAGAGUUGCAGCCGAAGCGACCCACAACAAAUGUAACUUCCAGUACAACCGCUAGCAGGUUCCUGAAUGCCAUAAAAGCGCAACCAGUGCAAAGUGCACGGCCCAAACGCACCAGGCAACCCACCCGCCCGGAUAGUUCAAGCGGUGGAGCCACCCCCCAAAUCAGCACUCAAGAUAUCAAGCAGACACUGGAACGCAUCAACAAGCAGAAGUAGGGCAAAGCUGAAAGUGAACCGGAACCGGAAGUGGAGCAGGAAGCGAUUCACUAUGCAAAUGCACAGCAGAGAGAAACGAAAAAACAAAAAGUGAUAUUUGGAAAUAUUCGCAAACAGAAUUUACAAUAAUAUAAGAGAGUCUGUGUGUGUGUGCGUGUGAGUGUAUGCAAACAAUUCCCAUUUAUAUAAAAACAUUCGAGAUUUUUGACGGUCACCGUUUUAUUUAUGCCCGGCACGCGUCCACCGCAUGUCGAGCAAUGUUCGCCAAAUCGGGCGAUAGCGCCGCGAGAAAUUGCGGAUUAA